CCAACUAUUAUGUGUUUAUCAGUGUCUCCUUCGCGGAAAAUGUAAACUGAAUAACAAAAAAUUUGUAAAUCAAUCUGUGUGUGUAAGUUUUAGACACACCUUUCGUAAUGAACAAAAAAUCUAAGUUAAAUAGUGUAUAAGGGAUAUGAAUUAAAUUUUUCGCUCAAUUAAAUUACUUCUUUUGUUAUAUACAUAGUUUUCAACAAAAUUUUGUAAUUGAGAAAAAUGACAGAUUAUGAUGAAUUAAAAAGAUUUUAUUCUGCAAAAUUACGUAAUAUGUGGAUCAUUAUUGGAGCUCAAUUUCAUAUUAAUCUUAUCUCAAGAUUUAGAUAAACUACAUCUUUCAUGUAUAAAUAAAACAUGCGUGACCUUAGCUGGAAUGCAACUUUAUGGUAUCGAGUGCGCUUACGGCGUCUCUAUUUCCAGUCUAGGUUCUUAUUUGAAGUAAAUGUAUGGCACAUUAUUCUUUUCGUCAUAAUUUCUCUUGUGCUUCCAACAGCUGCUCAGAAUUAUUCUCAAGAAGAAAAUUUCUUUGUAGACUUUUCUUCCGAAAUUGUUGACAAUGAAUAUAUUGUAAGCUUCAAGCAAUUUUAUAAACCUGAUGCUCGUGUAAAAUUUAUUCAAGCUGCUUUGAAGCAAUAUAAUCCUGAUACAUGGCAUAUUUUACCACGUAAUAAUCCAGCAAGCAGCUUUCCAAGUGAUUUUGAAGUUUUACAGUUACAACCUACUAUUAUGGAGAAAAGUAUUUCUGCUUUAAAGAAUCACCAUUCUAUCAAACAUGUAACACCACAGAGGAAAGUAACAAGAACCUUGACAACAACUGAUGGAAAAUCGGCUUUGUGGGAUGAGGAUGCAAUUAGAAAUAAAGGUAAUGAGUCUUGUCAGCACUUUCAGAAAUGGUAUUCUUCUCGUCUUCUAUCAGAGAGGUCAAGUCUUUCACUGGGUUCUUCAUUUUGGGAAUCAGCUGGAAAAUUUGUUCGUAGGCGCCUUAUGCGUGCUCUUCCUCGGCAGAUUACAAGUACAUUACAAGCUGAUGUAUUAUGGAACAUAGGAAUAAGAGGAGCUGGAGUCAAAGUUGCUGUUUUUGAUACAGGUCUGGUAAAAAAUCAUCCGCAUUUUAAAAAAAUCAAAGAGAGGACAAACUGGACAAAUGAAAAAACACUUGAUGAUGGACUUGGCCAUGGAACAUUUGUUGCAGGUGUGAUUGCCAGUAAUCGAGAAUGCUUGGGUUUUGCCCCUGACUCAGAACUUCAUAUUUACAGAGUAUUUACUAAUAACCAGGUAUCAUAUACAUCCUGGUUUCUAGACGCUUUUAAUUAUGCUAUUUUGAAGAAGAUUAAUGUUCUGAAUUUAAGUAUAGGAGGCCCAGAUUUCAUGGAUCAUCCUUUUGUAGAUAAGGUUUGGGAACUUACUGCUAAUAAUGUCAUCAUGGUAUCUGCUAUUGGAAAUGAUGGCCCUCUGUAUGGGACAUUAAAUAAUCCUGCUGAUCAAAUGGAUGUUAUUGGUGUUGGAGGUAUAAAUUUUGAAGAUCAAAUAGCUCGCUUUUCAUCAAGAGGAAUGACUACUUGGGAGCUUCCUGCUGGUUAUGGCAGGGUAAAACCUGACAUUGUAACUUAUGGAUCAGCUGUUCGUGGCUCAAGCAUUAAAGGAGGCUGUCGAUCACUCUCUGGUACCAGUGUUGCUUCACCAGUUGUUGCUGGAGCUGUUACACUUCUAAUGAGUGGAGUUAUUCAUCUUGGUGGGGCCAUAAAUCCAGCUAGCAUGAAGCAGGCUUUAAUGGCAUCUGCACGUCGCUUACCAGGUGUACCUAUAUUUGAGCAAGGUUGGGGUAAACUGGACUUAGUUCGAGCCUAUCAGGCAUUGAGGAGUUACAGACCUCAAGCUACUCUAAGUCCCAGUUACUUAGAUCUUACUGAAUGUCCAUAUAUGUGGCCUUAUUGUUCUCAGCCAUUGUACUAUGGAGGAUUACCUACAAUUGUUAAUGUAACAAUUCUUAAUGGAAUGGGUGUAUCUGGCAAAAUAGUCAAUAAGCCACAGUGGCAUCCAUAUACUCCUCAGUAUGGCCAUCAUUUAGAAGUAGCUCUCUCAUAUUCUGACAUCUUAUGGCCUUGGUCAGGAUACAUUGCUGUACAUAUAUCAGUUUCUUCUAUGGCUGCUAAUUGGGAAGGUAUUGCUCAAGGUCACAUAUCUUUCACCGUUGAAUCACCUCCUGAGGAAGGUGAAACUGAAGUAAGAAAAUCUUACAUUAAAUUGCCUUUGAAAGUAAAAAUUAUCCCAACUCCACCCAGAAGUAAGCGAAUUUUAUGGGACCAGUAUCAUAAUCUGCGAUAUCCACCUGGAUAUUUUCCUCGGGAUAACUUACGUAUGAAAAAUGAUCCUUUGGACUGGAAUGGAGAUCACAUUCAUACCAAUUUUAAAGACAUGUAUCAGCAUUUGAGGAAUAAUGGUUAUUAUGUGGAAGUUUUAGGUUCCCCAUUUACAUGCUUUGAUGCUCAACAAUAUGGUGCUUUGCUACUAGUUGAUAGUGAAGAAGAAUUUUUUCAUGAAGAAGUUUCUAAGCUAAUUAAAGAUAUAGACAGUGGACUUUCUCUUGUUGUCUUUGCUGAUUGGUAUAAUGUUUCUGUCAUGAAAAAAGUUAAAUUUUAUGAUGAAAACACUCGGCAAUGGUGGAUGCCUGAUACUGGUGGAGCUAAUAUUCCAGCCCUAAAUGAUCUUCUUUCUGCAUGGGGGAUGGCUUUUAGUGAUGAAGUUUAUGAAGGGGAUUUUACUUUAGGGAAUCAUGAAAUGUAUUAUGCUUCUGGAACAAGUUUAGCUCGAUUUCCUAAAAAUGGUCUUGUUGUAAGUCAAACAUUAAAUAAUCAAGGAAUGGAAGUUCUAAAAGGUCAAGCAGAUAGAGUUUCUAAAGUUCCAAUACUUGGUCUUUACCAGACUUCUCACCAUACUUCUGCUGGACGAAUAGUAGUGUAUGGUGAUUCAAACUGUUUAGACACUGCUCAUAUGCAAAAAGAUUGCUUUUGGCUGUUAGAUGCCCUUUUGCAGUAUGCUACUACAACUCAUGUGCCACCUAUAUUUGAAGAAUUAAAAUCUGAUCUUGUAUUGGAUGCUAAAGACUUACCUCAAAGAAUGGAAGGCAACCAUUUGUAUCGGUAUUCCAAAGUGUUAGAACACCAUCUUGGUACACCACAUAUACGUCCAUUACCUACUUGCCCUAGACUGAGUUGGGUUCACCCACAACCAUUGAACAAAUCUGGCCCAAGUGCAUUAUACAAAGCACAAAAGCUACUUUCUGUGAAUUUGGAUGCUCCAUUCCCAUUCCGACCAGGCUUAGAAACCCAGAUGUCUAAACUUCCGUGGGAUUCCCCUCAAACUGUUAAGCAUGAGUCCUGGUUACUGCCAGGUGGCACACGUGUCCAGAAAACGUGCCACACUGUCAGUAGAUGUAGAAAAUUAGUGUUUCCAUUUACUCCUGAUAUUGUUGGAUUGCCAGAUAUUGUAGAAAUAAGGUGCAAUAUUGAAGUUCAUGAACAACUGCAGUUAAGUGAAGAAGACUUCUUUUUAGUGCCACCUGAAGAACAUAGUAUAAGCAAUACUGAGAUCAGUGGCACAAGUGAUAAUUAUAUCUAUUCUACCUCAUUGUCAGCUGAGGAUCUACCUGAUAAUAUGGUUACAAGUACUUCUCUUAAUGUGUAUUCUGAAUCAGACACAGCAUACAGAUUUAGUAGAGUUUCAGGUCAUCAUAUUGAAGUGCACUAUGAUUUCAUUGAACAUAAAGACACUAAGAAAUUUUGCGAACAAAUUUCUAUAAAAAGCAUAUUUAUUCCACAUUCUGAAGACACAAGUGUGUGUAGCGCAGCUAUAACUACUGUAAAUAGGAACAUUUAAUCAAUGAUAACAUACUGUAAUUCUUCGAGCAUUCUUUCUACAGUUUACAACGUCAUGGAUAGAUUGUCAACACUGCCUUUCCAGAAAAUUUUUUUAUUGUUUGUAUAGUAAAACAUUACUUUCAUUACAUUGAUGUAUAUUGUACAUUUAGAAGAAACAGUAAAACGUAUACAUAAAUUUUGUGAUAUGUAUUUAAAUGAGUUCUUAAUGGGUGCUUGAAUAUAGUAUAAAUUAUUUCUGUUCAUGCUCUUUUAAUUUCAUGUACAUUGUUAAAUUUUAGAGAAUUAAUUUCAUUUUCAUAUGCAGGACUUAAUCUUUCAUUCUUUAAAAAGUAUUGUAUUGUCUUGAACAUAAGGCAGUCUUGUAUAUAAUAUCCUAUUUUUUUUAAGGUGCUUUAGAUGGGAGGGGUAGAAGAGUUUAUAUAUGACAGACAGCAUAUGUUUGAGCUUGAUAAUUUACAAAAAUUCAAUAAGAAAUUAAAUGUUCUAUGUAUCUUCUUAUGAGAUAACAAUAUACAAGUUUUCCUUUCACUGUAAAAUUUACAUUAAAUUACACUUUUUAAAUGUUGUGUUGUGCAUUUGAGAUGGGUGUGUUUCUCAGAAGUGAAUCUUAAGAGGGAGGGGGAUCACUUAAUGAUCAAGCCUGUAUGAAUUUCUUUUAAAAAUAAAUUAUUUUAUAAUGUUAUAUAUUUAGAUUAGAGAUAUAUUUUACCUCUUUAUCCCAAUUUUUGAGUUUCCUCAAAUACAAAGCAUUUAUUUUCCAAAUUAUCUGUUAUAAAAACAUAAAAAUUCUAAAUUGUUUAUAUAGAGAUUUUUAAAAUUAUGUAGCUCAUAAACAUUUAAUCUGUUAUUUAAAAUUGUUUAUUGAGCAGGCUAUUUCAUAUAAAUCUGAUGAUUUCUGUAGCUUAUUUUUUUGAAUAACAAUAAAGCUAACUGUAAAUUACUGCAUCUGUAAUGUAAAAUAUCUGUUGAAGAUUAUUAACCUUGACAAUAAAUUCUGAAAAUAUCCUUUCUUGCACUGAAGGCAAGCUAAGAAUGUUAUCCACUUAUCCUAGCUGUUUGCUAUUUUAACUGAUCUCUCAGUAAUGUUACACUUUCUUAUCAUCAGUAUUGCUAAUUUCAUAUGUAAUGUUCUCCUUUAAAUUGUCCAUUGUUCUAGAAGUUUUUAAUUUUUUUUGUUUUGUUCUUUUGUAAUAAGGCUUACAAAAUGCGAAAGUCAUUCUUUAUUGCUUAUUUUUAUUCUUGUUUCAUUUUAUUGAUAGCAGGUUGAUUCAUUGAUUUCAUUUUAUUGUAAUGGAUUAAAAAUUAUUUUGCCUUUUAUGCAGUGCUUACUAUUCAUUUGCACAGGGACAUGUGAUUUCUCAUAGAACCAUAGAACAUGUGGAAGUAAAAUUAUAAUUUUGAAGUUUUACAUAUGCUCACAUGAUAUGCUUCAUUGUUUCAGUAUUCAUAAAUUAACAAAUCAAAAGUUUCAAUUUUUCAGUUUUGAGCAAAUAAAUAGAACUAUUAUAUUAGAAGUGUAAAAGAAAUAAAUCAUGUAUUUAAUUUUUUAAUAAUGGGGUUAAAAAUGAAAUACUUUUUGAUGAAUCUGAAUAUCAGCAACAAUAAACUUUCCAUGUGAUAGCUUCACAAAUUUAAAAAGAAAAUAUUAAAUUUGAUUAAAAAGCUAUUAUACUUGAGUCUUUAAAAUGUAGUCAUAAGUUUAUUUAUUUAUUUUGAGGAGAAGUUCUAAGUAUGAUAUAGUUUAGGAGAAUUCUUAAAUAAUUACAGUAUUGAAAUUCUCAAGCUUUGAAUAUAAAAAUGAUGGUACUUAAUUAAGCAUUUAAAAUUGUAAGCAAUUUUUUUCUCCUGCUAGCUGACUUUAAUAGUAUUUUUGGAAUCAUAUUUUUUUAUUAAAAUUCUUUGAUAAUCUUUUCUUAUUAUUUCUUCUGCAGUAUUAAUGACCCUGAACUAUUAUAGUUAAAGUAAGUCCGUUUUGGGCAGUUUUGAAAUCUUAAUGCAAGAAGCUUAUGUAAUUUUCAUGUGUAAUUUUUUGAAUGAUUAAUUUAGCAGUUCACUUUUCUUAAGCUUAUAGGUUUUCUAUGAUAUUUCUUUCAAAAUUCAGUGAUAAAAUUUGGUAGCUGAAAACUCUGAGCUAUUAGAAUAGAGAAAAAUGAAAGGACUAACAUUUACUGCAAUUUUCAUUUUGCCUUUUUCACCCCCAGCCUUAAAAACUGAGCCAGGCACAAGCUGGAAAUCUUAGGGAUAUAAAAAUGAAAUUUUGGAAAACAUAUGAGUUUUUAAUGUAUAAGAAAAGUAAAUGUAUAUUUUUGAAGUAUGAAGUGAUAGACUCAGGAAACAUAUGAUUUUAAACUUAAUUCUGAAUAAAUUCUAUUUAAUAUUGAUCUCUGUUAAUCUAGUGGUCUAAUAAAAAAUGUAGAUAAUCAUUUUUUAUCUCCUAUCUUUUCUAAUUACUUUUCUGAUCAUUAAAUGAUAGUGGUAGAUGUAUAUCGGCAAUGAUUAUAAAAAGGAAUAUUUUUUUAGUUCCUAGUGAUUAAUUUGAUUAUCUAUAAAUGAGCUGCGGCUGCACAAUGCAUUUUUGGAUUUCACACUUACUGUUAUAUUACAGUAUUUAAAUAUACUGAAAAAUAUAUUACAUAUAAAUGUAAUACAUAUACAAACACGUAAGUAUGUCUGUGUGUAUGUAUAUAUAUAUAUAUAUAAUAUAUAUUAAGUAGAGAUAUUUUUAAAAAUAAUCAUCCAGCAGUAUUGCAGCUCUGAUAUUAAACAUUUUGAAAUUAAAUAAGUUGGUAUUUUUGUUCAGUUGAAUUUGUUUUCUGUAAUCUCUGUAAUAAAGGAUCUCCAAAAUUUUUACUUAUUGGCAUUUUGUGUUAAAUAAUAGGCUUUAAAUAUAUUGACAGAGUUAUGUGAAAAGCAUUUUAGUUUAGUCAUUUGAUAUUAUGUAUUGUUGAAAAAUGGUUGACUUUUAUUUAAAAUUAUUUUUCUAGAACUUAUUAACAACAUGGAGGCCUAGACUGUUUUCAGAGUUUGGUUUUGAAAUAAUUUUAUAAAUACAAAAUCUGUCAUUCAGAUAUAAAAUUAAUUUCAUAUAUCAUUUCUAGUCAUUAAUUUUAUAACAUGCCUGAUGCUUUGUAGGUUUUGUUAUAGAAAAUUGAUUUCUGAUUCAAAAAUUAUUUACUAAUUGUACUUUAUUCUAAAUAAUUUGAAAUGUUAAUUAAGCACAUACUGGUGGAAACAAAGGCCUUCUUUCUAUUUAUUUACAGUUAAUUGAAAGAUUUAUGCAGUUUCAAUGCUCUGAAAAUGCAAAUUUGUCUUGUUUAAAUUUUAAAAAAUUACUUCAUUCUUUAAAUUUGAAUUUUGUUUUAAAAAAUACAAUAAUGCUUUGACUUAUGCUAUUAGUGAACUCAAAGUUAUAUAGUUUCUUAUUUAUCUAUUCUUUUUCAAAAAUGAAAUGAAAAAAUUACCAAACUGAUUAUGUUCUCAUGUAAUAAAAAAAGUCUGUCAAUCUUGUCUGGUUUUUAGUUCAUAAUAAUAAUGCCAGUGGAUUUUGGAUUCACAUAGUAAAGAGCAGAUAACUGAUGAAUUUAUAGAGAUAUGUAACUAAAUUUGUAGAGAUUUAUGACCAAGUUGAAAUACUGUGUGAUGAUGAAGCAAUUUUGUAAUUUAUCCUUGUAUACCUUUUUUAAGAAGGAGGGGGUGGUAAAUCAUGCAUUUAUUUGUAAUUUGAGGUUUUUCUGAUAGGAAAGUUUUAUCCAUAAUACUUAUUUCACUUUUCCAUUUGGAACAUGUCUGGUAGCAUAUCAAUGUUUGUUUGUUAUCUACCUUUUGAUUUAAAAUGCAUAAGCUCUUAUAGCAUACAGUUAAAAAAAAAAGAAAUAUUUUUCAUGCUAUUUUACAUUUUGAAAAAUUAAAUCAUUUUCAAAAAUUGGUAAAUUUUGUUUCAGUUUUCUUCCCAAAAAAAGUUAUUCACAUAAUUUUUUUACUUGUUGAAAAAUUACAGCAGGAAUUUAUAUGUAUUUAUUUUUUCUCAGUGGUCAAAUAGUUGAUUGCAGGAAUAGUGAAAAUAGUGAAAUGCAUCAGAUUAAACUAAAUAACUUAUGAAAUAUUGAACACUGUUUUUUGUUUCUGAAAUUUCUAAAAAAUAUGUUUGGUUAAGCUCUGCAUUUUAUCAGGUAUUAUAAAUUGCUUUCUGAGUGGGAAUGAAAAAGGUCUGAAAUUAGUUUGUACUUCUUAAUUUUAUAAAAUUUUAUUUCCAUGGAAAUAACUCAAAGAUACGCUUUAUUUGCCACCCAAAAAUGUAAUGAAACAUACCAAAUCCCCAAAUAUGUAAAAAGAAAUUUGCAAUAUGCUAAAUUUCCAUACUUUCCAAAGCUAUAAAAUGUUUGUUCCAAUGUUAAAGAUUGCUAUUGCUUAUAUGUGAUUUUAGAAUACCCUCCUCCUCCUGUUGUACAUACAGGAAAUUCAUUGUCACACUGUUUCUUUAUAAUUACUUUGAAUCUUUAGGUUUAAAGUAAUUGUGACUAGUUUAAAGCUCUUCAGUUUUUUUUUUUUUUUUUUUUUUUUUUUUUUAUCUAGUAAUUGGGCUGGUUAGUAUUGUCAAUCUGCAUAUUUCGAUCAGCAUUUUCCUGUUUUGUACCAUACAGCAGCUAACUCUACCCCCUUUUUUUUGACACGUCUCCUGGUAAAUCACAGAAUCUCCCCACUUUUUAAAUUUCUAGUCUUUAGUAGUGAAAGUGUUUUUAAGCAAUAAAAUUAAAUAUUGCAAAUAAAAUUUGCACAGUUUAACUUUUAUUGUUGAAUUUAUAAAGCUUAAGUUGUGUAAAUUUCAUUCUUCCAUCCCUAUUGAUAUUUAGCAUAUUUUUUCUUAUUAAAUUUUAUUUGAUCUGAAUUGUAAUCAUAUCAUUGACAUUUGUAAAAUUUUAUAUGAAGAUUCAACCUAAUGUUUAAUCAUUAGAUAUUUGUAUUUAAUUUUGUUUUACUUCAAUAUGUAGUCAUUAUGUCCAUUCAUCAUAUUUAAAGGUACUUUGAUGAAUCAAAAGCUUUCCUUAGCUACUCAGAAUUUUCUGCGUAUAAAAAGCGUAAGCAAAUUACAAAAUGAAAUUAGUUAAAGAAUGUAAAACUUAGAAUAUGUAACUAAAUAUUAAUAUAUUUUAUCUCAAAAUCUGAUUAUAAAUAUUUGAAUAAAUUCAGCCAUGUUAUAAAGAGAGUUUAAAACAUUCUGAGUUCUUUUAAAAUGAUGCCACAGCACAGCGCAAAAACCUCCCAUCUCCCGUUUUUGAUGAGUUAUAAGGUAUUUUCUCUUUCCUUUUCCACUUGCAUUUGUAGUGUAAUUGGAAAUACAUACGGCUGAUAGUCAGCAGCUCUGGAGUUUGAAACCUGGCCAGGGCACUGUGGUGUUCUUCAGUUUCUUGUCAUCGGGAAAAUUCUAAAGACUUUACAAGUGACAACCAGAUUAAAAAGUGGUUAAAAUUAAUUCAUCACCACCAGGAUUUGUGAUUGUGUCAGGAGGUUCGGUAUUUGAGUCACUGUGAGGACGCCAUUUUAUAUUUCAUGAUUGACAGCUAUGCCUUAUAAUGAAGAAUAAUUUUAUCUAAAAUUUGAAGAAGUGUGUUGAAUAAAAUAGAAAUCUAAGAUAGCUGAAAGGGGACAUCGUAUAUGCUUCACACCCUUGCAUAUCUGUAUGUAUUCUAAUAAAUUUAAUUACAUGUGCUCUUAACCAAACAUCUAAUAGCUUUUAUGUUUCCUAGUAACUUAUUACAGUAUACGUUAGUACACCAUUAAUUAAUUUUUCCCACCAUUAAUCAGACCAGCUAUCAUGUCUCAGCUAAGAUUGUAUAGUGCAAACUAGCAUAUUUUAUUUUAUUUUUAUGUCAUUUCUUUCCAUAGAAGUGCUUUUUCUCUUUUUUCUACUAAAAUAAUUCAUGCUUGCAGUGCUGUCGCUGAACCAUGUGUAAAAAUGGCAUUUUUAGUCUUCUGUUUUAUUGUAUACACCAGUGCUAACAGCUAAAAAUAAUGCUUUUAAUCCCCUUUAUCUUUUGUUGCAAAGAAUUUAAUUUACUUUUUUAUAAAAUUUGACCUACAUUCAUUAAACUAUUUAUAUUCGGAAAUUUAAGUGGAACUGUUUGUAAAAUGCAAUUUCUGGUCUUAAAAGCUUAAAAAUUAAUAACUUUUGAUUUAUUUGAGUGAGUAUAGGUAACCAGUAUGUUCUGUGAUAAAUGAUGUUUUUAAAUUUUAUUUAGCAUUGUUUAAUUCAAAUGGAAAUCUUUAAACCAAUUAUUUAGUUUUUUUAUUACAUUGUUAUUACAUUGAAUUGUUACUUAUUUUAUUUCAUUUACACAAUUUUAAAGUGUGUAUGGCAUAAGAAUAUCUUAGAAAAUAUUGGAUUUAUUAUAUGGGGAAAACAAAAGUAAAAUUGAAAGAAAAUUUGUAAAUGGAUUUAAUGACUUUGGUAUUUAGGCUAUUAAUAAAUAUAUUCCACAUAUUGUUCUGGAACAUAUGCAUGUUUCAACUUUAGUUCUAAUCAGAAUUAAAAUAGUAAAAUUUUGUUCAACUUUAUUCAGAUGAUAUGAUAAAAAUUUUAUAAUACUGAAUGGUGUGGAUUUCUUUUGAAAGUUGAUUGAUUUAAUUCUACAAUAUAAAAAGAAACUAUGAAUUUUACAUUCAGUCAUUAAUUUCUGUUUAUUAAAAAGAGAUUUUUAUGUCAUAUUUAUUCACAGCAUGUUGUCUCAGUCUAAUUAUUCUUAACUAUAUUUCCAUGAACAAAUGUUUAUAGGAGUGUAAUUAUAUAUUUGUUCUUUAUUUAUUGUUUUGAUUCUUCAUUUGCUGAUAGAAACAAAUUUUAAAUAUGUGUUUCUACUUAUAGCUUUUUCCCCCCUUCAAAAUAGGGGAAGAAUAGUGAUUCAUAUUAAUAAACUUUCAUGUUGUAAAUUCAUUUGGUCAGUAAUGAUUCAUCAUGUGAAAUUUGUUAUUGUAUGUGCUCUAUAUACUUAUUUUUACUACUGUUGCAUGUGAAAGUAAUAAAGUCUUUAUCUGUUCAAAAUA